AUGCCAUUAUACACCUACCAGCCCGAGGUCCCCCACGGGCUACCCACCAUUAGCCAGGCGCAGGCUUACCCUACUCCGCCAGAUACUCCGCCCAACGAAUUAGAGAGGAUGAUCCAGGAGCUCGACCAUGUAUUCCCCUCGUUAAGCACUGACAUUGUCAUGGAAGACGAGACUAUCGAUCCCAUGCUCAUUGACCAAGGUCCUCGCCAAGUCUGGCAUCGGUUCUUCGACCUGAUCCUCGCGGCGCGGGACGACCGCGGCCUCGAGGAGGUAAUACACUACAUCCUUUCCGAAUACGGCAUUCCGAUCGAGGAGCUGCGCUACGAACUCGUAGAGGCCCACGGUGACGGUGAAGAGGGCUUCGUUCCGGUCGCGAAGGUCAUCGCUCGUGAGCCUAAUCUGCACGGUGUCUGGCAUGAUGCUUGUGACUCGAUAUACAACUCCCUAGUCCGCAGGGGUCUGGAGGAGUUCCAUGUUGUGAUUGAGUACCGGGGUCCAAAAGAGCAGGCUGCAGGAGAGGAGCAGGGGGGAGUAACAGAGCUGUGGAAUCAGCUUCUGAGCCUCAUCCACCAACGCACAGAUGGACGGGAUGACCUGCUCGUGGAUUGUUUCCAGAUCGGAGGAGAUAACUCUGCUACUUCGUGUCUUGCGGUGGUUGACACAGCAGGCCGUGAUAUUUUUGCGCUGCAAUUCGACAACGGGCAGAUCGUGGGUGGAAGGUCACGGUUGUAA